AUGCUAUAUACAAAUAUUGAUGGCAUUCAAGAUGCUGCAGAACUACUUAAGAACACAAAACAAUUUCUGAGGGGAUUAAAGGAGAAACUACCCACGACAACUGUAGAGACAGUUACAGUUUCAAAUGGAAAAACUGCAAGUACCAUUACAUCUGAAAAUGGGAAGAAGGCCACAGUAAAGGAGAGCCCAUCUGAGACAAGUACCAUCACACUUUCCAAUGGAAACAGGAUAACAUGUCGUCUCUGA